GCGCGUCACUGAGCACAAAGGAGACAACAGUGAGGCGGCAGCGGGCGCUGAUCUUCGCUCGCCAGCCACUCGCGAUUGCGGUUACAGACCUGCAGCUCCCCCUCCCCCAGCCGGCCCGCCGGCCUUUCUGUCUCCUCUCUCCCUCCGUACUGGACGGCCCCGGUCCAUUUCCGGGCUCCGGAUAUUUGGUAUCGAUUGGGGCCGGGGACGCGAAGCAGGUGGCCGCGGCGGGGCAGCUGGGCCGCCAGCCUGGUGCGUCGGGGACCGUCUCCCGCUGCUUUGGUCACCAGCCCCUGCCCGCCCGACCCGCUCCGUUCUCCGGCCCGCGAGCCCUGCCGGCCGGACUUUGCGCCGCGUCCGGCGCUGCUGCUGCGCUCGGGGCCCCGCUCGGCGCCGGCGGUGACCGGGAAGCCCGCGUUAAAGGGGCAGCCGGGACCCUGGCCCAGUAUGGCUGAAGUCAGCAUCGACCAGUCUAAGCUGCCUGGAGUCAAAGAAGUAUGCCGAGAUUUUGCUGUCCUGGAGGACCACACCCUGGCUCACAGCCUGCAGGAACAAGAGAUUGAGCAUCAUUUGGCAUCAAACGUUCAGCGGAACCGUUUGGUCCAGCAUGAUCUCCAGGUGGCUAAGCAGCUCCAAGAGGAAGACCUGAAAGCGCAGGCCCAGCUCCAGAAGCGCUACAAAGACCUUGAACAACAAGACUGUGAAAUUGCUCAGGAAAUUCAGGAGAAGCUGGCUAUUGAGGCAGAGAGACGACGCAUUCAGGAGAAGAAGGAUGAGGACAUAGCUCGCCUUUUGCAAGAAAAGGAGUUACAGGAAGAGAAGAAGAGAAAGAAACACUUUCCAGAGUUCCCUGCAACCCGUGCUUAUGCAGAUAGUUACUAUUCUGAAGAUGGAGACCAACCAGGGUCAAGGAGGGCCAGGGAAUUGGGUUCUGGAUUCUCAAGACCUUGUAGACUCCAAAGAGAUGGAAAGACUGUGAAACAGAAGAAAGAGAAACCAGAACAUCCACUGGAGAACUUGGAAGAGCCAGAACAACAUUGUUCAUCAAAGAGAUCCCUGUCAUCCUCUAGCUCGGGCAAAGGGAGGGACAAUCCCCAAAUUAACAAUGAGCAGCAUGAAAGGAAACGGUCCACUCAGGAGAGGCCCCGGAGACCUCUGCUUCCCACGGUCAGUGGUGAAGUGUUUCUGAGCACUGAAUGUGAUGAUUGGGAGACUAAGAAAAACCAUCAGACUCGAAAUUGGGAAAAACAGUCUCGACACCAAGAUCGACUUUCACCCAAGUCCUCACAAAAAGCAGGGCCUCACUGCAAGGAAGUUGUAUAUGGGAGGGACCAUGGGCAAGGUGAGCACAGAAAAAGGAGACACAGGCCCAGGACUCCUCCAUUCUCAGAGAGUGAGGAGCAGCUCCACCUCCAUGACCCAGUUCAUGCUCAUGACUUUGAAAUAAAUCCUAGAGCAACAUACUAUAAAAGGUAUACACUUAAUCUCAGAUCUGUAAGAAGAAGGAAAAUAUUUGUAACUUUUCCCUUCUGUGAGAAUGCACUGAUUCCUUGGAGAGUUAUUCCAUGCCCAGGUUGUAUUAGAGGUACCCAUUCCAGAUACAGUUCUUCAUUUACCGAGACUGUGUAUCAGAGAUUCUGAUACCAAAUCAAAACUCCUGAAUUUCUGGUUUUACUUCAGUGAACCCAGAAGAGCUGAUGAGCCUGUCUUGAUAGUGUUUGUCUAACCAAAAGGCCAAUAGAGCCGGAAAUACUAUAUUUUUUAGACCUCAUCUUUCUUUCUCAUUUGUAAAAUGAGGAGUUGGAUAGGCAGUCUUUUAAGAAAGUAUUUUUCAAAUAAUAUGCCUCAGUUCAUUCUCAUCAGAAUCAGCUGUUAACUAAAAAUGGAAAUGUCUGGGUUUCACAUGUAUUAUCAUCUCUGGAGUGAGGCCUGGCAGUUUGGACAUGUUUUAGACCUGGAGGUGGAUUCUUAGGAACUUAAAAGUUUAAAGUCAUUGCAUUAAGUUACUUUUUAUACUGUAACUUUCUCCAGCUCUAACGCUAUAGUUGGUGUUCUAAAGUACCAAUACAGGUAAGUUCUUGGUGCCUAUAUAAGAAUGAGGUAAAUAUUAUAGAUAAACCUCAAAUUUCUGACACCCGUGCGGCUUCACCCUGAAGCCCAUCGUUGACACAGUAACGGCUCUGUUUUCUAUAAACUGCUGAGGUGAUGUUUUCCAUGUGGCUGUAACACUAGGAAUCGUAGUACCAAGGAGCCAGUCAAGCUCUAUCUGUGGUCAGAGAACUUGUUUCUAGGUUGCCGAUUCAGGUUAAGUAGGUUUUUCCCGUCAUGUUAUUUCUUAUUAAAGGACUUGGUUAUGCAGAAAAUUAAAAUUUCGUUCCGGAAGCCAUUCUGAGUAGCUGCCACAAAUAUCCUUGUCUUAGGCUUUGUGCUUGGAUUUCAGCCAAAAAGAUGGCCUUGUAAACAAUUCCAAACUGGAUGCACUUUGUUAGGGAGACAUAAAGAGCUGCGGAAAAAUAGAGGAAAGUGUGAUAUAAUCUGUCUUGAGUGGGUUUAUGAGGAAGUUACACCCCUAACAUUUUGAGGUUUACAAGUUCCAAAGGCGUGGGGGAAGUAUGGAGGAAGAAUGGUGUACACUGACCUCUACGUUUCUGCUUCUGUGAAUCUGACUUUCAGGAGUGCUCUGAGGGCUGGUUAGGCUUUAUGGCUUUUAGUUAUGCUCCAGGAUAUUUUAAAUAGGCUGAGGAAGCAUGACACUAAACACUGACUCACAGGCUCCACUACUGGAAUUGCAAAUGUUUUGUUUUGUUUUUUAUUUUGCCAGCACAAGGGAUUAAAAAACAUUAUCAGGCAGAUAUUAAAAUGACUACAACAUGAGCUGCUUCUUUUCUUUCAUUUUAUAUUCAGCUUGCUUUUUACAUUUUACCUUUCUAGCCCCUGUAGGCAUUUGAUUUUGUAACUCCCUGGAACAGGUCAGAGGAUUGCAUUAAAAUAUAAUUACUAGGUAGUGGCAUCUAUUCUUGCUGUUGUAAAAGCACAAUUCUUAAAGUUGUUAGGACAGGCCAAAGUGAUAUUUAACUUAAUAAUGAAGAAACUAGCAGGGUGACAAGGAGCUGGUUCUAAGAGCAUUUGCAGAGCAGCAUUAAUAGAAUCAGUUGAAAGGGAGUGCAAAAUAAAAUUUUAAAUUAAGGAUAAGAUAACUUUCUACAGGGCAAUGGGUACUUAACCUUUCAGAGUUACUUCUCUAUUGGACUAUAAAUUCUUAACCGCUUAUCAUUUUCUGCAGGUUAACUUCUAGACUCGCAGGGCCAUAAAAUAUCUGCACUGUUCUGCUGUGAAUUGUUAGUCAGAUAUACUGUGGCAUUCCCUAAAUGUCAGACUGGCUUAUUACAAAUACUCUUACAUGAUAUCAAAAAGAAUCUAUCAUUUUACCUUAUUUCAAGCUCAGAAUAAAUUUAUCUUGAAUAUCAGUACUUUCAACAAUUUUAUUCUGUAAAUUUAUUUAAGGCUGAAGUUUUGUGUUCAUUUAGGGAUGUUCUUGUGUUGUCCAUCUGAAGGAUGAUGAACAGAAAAAGACAAGGAAGUGUUAAAUUAAGAUAUAUAUGGAACUUGAAAAUACCACUCACCCAAUUUUUUGAAAGCUAGUUUCUAGAGUCUGUUUAGGAUACUGAGAUGAGGGAAGCUAGUCUGUUAAUUUCCUUCAAAAAAUUUUUGGACAUCUUUGUUUAAUGACGGCCUUACACUGCACUGUGAGUUCUUUUUCUGUAUCCUUACAAAAAUUUUUGUCACCUUGGGUCCAGAGGACACUGCAGAGAAUGGGCAUCCUGACAAUGCAGAAAUUUAGUAUUCCAAGCUGUGGGAAUUUUCUACUUAAUGAGAUUUACAGAUUCCAAUGAUACGUCAGGGGUUUAAACAAACCGUUUCCCCUCUAAAUAUUUGGAACUGACAGAUAUUACCUCAGAUUCUGACUCUUACUAAGUCAUCAUUCUCUUUUUAACUGCCAGAGGUUACAGUCUUAUCACCCUGUCAAACCAAUUAGACGAUUCAAUGGAAUAUUGUCUUUGGUAGAAUUUAAAACAAUGUGUCCUUAAUAAAACUGAAAGUGAAAAAUCUUCUUGGCUAAUUCUGUGGUGUACUUUAGGAGGCGUAAUAGUGGAGAAAAUUUGGUCUCUUGAAAUUUGAGCACAUCCCACUGUAUUAUUUCACUGUAUGGCAAAAGUGAAGGAGCUAGGCAUGUUCCGUCAUCCUUAAUUAAGCUUUGGGCUGCUUACUGAAGUAUCAUUUUUUCUAUAGAUUGGAACAUGGUUUAUAUAGCAGACUAUCUUGUCUACUGACAUUGCCCAGUACUGAGUUCCUUAUCUAAUUUCAUUUUCUCUGAAAUCUGCCUUCCUAGUUAUGACUAAGCUAAAUAACUCAGGGAGAUUUAUAUUCUGUUUCAGAUGGUCCACUCUUAGGACUAUGCCACUGUUUUUUUUUUUUUUUUUGCUGUCCCAAACCACUCAGAAAUCUAGAUUAAGCCCAGCCCAGCAUAAGCCUUAGUGGCUCUAGAGAUCAUUUGAAGUGGUCUGUGCAAUCAGGUUCUAUUAGGUCUGAAGCUAAGAAAGCCAUGUUUACUAGACUUUCUUUGUAGGAAAUACAGAUGUGUAUGAGUCUGUGGGGGGAAGCCGCAGAAGCCAGGUUGAAAGUUGUACAAAGAUAGGCUUCACAAAAUACUUACAUUCUCAUCAUUUGCCCAAUGUUUACUUGUAUUUUAUUUUUUAUAAAAUUAACAGCAAGUGAGUCAAGUGUGGUGAGGGAUUUUGACAAAGAUCAUUUUAAUUUACAGUAAUUUUAAUGGACAUAAUACACUAAACAGGUGAUGCCAAUAUUAAUUGCAAGUAAGAAUGAACUGGGGAGAUUUAAAACAAACUUACUCAAGGACGGGGCACACCCAGGCUACUUAAUUUAGAAUCUGUGGGGGUUGGGGCAAAUAUUUUUAUAUGUAUUCAAAGCACCCUCAUGUGAUUCGAAUAUAUAGCCCUGGUUGACAACCCCUGGCAUAAAGAGACAAUCAGGAGUACAUUUUCUUUCUCCUCCGAAUAGUUAAUUUACUGAAAUGAACUAUUUCAGAUGAGUAAUCUUGUUCACUGUAUUCAAAAUUCUUAUUAAUUCUGAAUAUAAUACACUCACACUGUCAAGUAAAAGUUUAAAGCCAGAAUUGCUUUAUACGAAUAAAUUGGAAUAGAACUCUGGUCAUUGUGCUGUCAAUAUAGCUCUAGUUAUAUUUUCCCUAAGAUGUCACAGUGCCAUCAGUCUGAUCAAAGCUGUGGGGAAGAUCUAAAGCUAGUGGGUUCAUUUACUCUCAGAGCAAAAGCCAUGGCAGGGCCACUGCUUGCCUAACAGGUAUUCCCACAUGACUACCAGGUGCUGCUGUUUCUGCUCCCUCUGAAGUAGUAAGUAUGCAGGCUGAGAUAAUUAGAAAGAAGCUUCUCUCCUCCAGCCUUGACAGCUUAGCCUCUUUUAAACUCUGACUCUGUAAUUUGCUUUUCUUUAAAUUAUUUUUAUUUUCAGUGACUUUUUUUUCACUUUGUAUUUUUCCAGGGCCUCACUUGCAACUUCUUACAUAAUUUUCUGCUGUUGCAGAAACUAUGUGAGAGGGGACUUUUUACCAGGCAGGCUUGGUUAGAUAUCUUUGUUUAAAUGUAUGCAUUAUCUACAUUGCCACUUCUAUUCCUAGGGCAAAAAUAUUUUUAAUGCACCCCACACUGUAUUCUGGAGUAGAGGUAGUAUUGUCAUUGUUAGCUACUAAAGAAAAA